AUGGACAAUAUUGGACAACACCAUGAUAUCCUAAAACGAGACAUUGAUCACCAGAAUAUUAACAAAACAUUAUUAAAUCAAAUUGAUAAAUGGGAAAGAGAAUCUAUUGAAAAGAUUCGAUCUACUGCGGAUACAGCUCGAAUUGAUUUAAAGGAAUUAACUGAAGGAUUAAAUAAACGAUUAAAUAAUUUGAUGAAUACAUUAUCACAUGAACUUCGUUCAAAUAGAGAAAGUGAUGAUUAUAAAGAAGAUGAUCUUGAUCGAUGGGUAAAACAACUUGAAGAAUUACGAAAGGAGCUUGAACAACCCUCAGAUAUCGAAAUAUCUAAAAAGCCCAAUAUUAAAGUUGACAUAAAAUCAUCUGAAUCUAUCGUUCCCAAAGAAUCAUCUCUGUUUCCAAAAGAACGUCAAGGCACGUGUUCCAUAUGUAGUGAUAAUAAUCUUACUUUGGUUACUCUUUCAAAACGAUGUCAACAUGCAGCAGGUUGUUGUAUUCCAUGUCUUACACAAGAUAUUUCUAACAGCAUAAAUGCAAAAGGUAUUCAUCGUUUUGAAUGUCCCAUGCCUACAUGUAAAGUGGAGUUUGAACCAUCGGAAUAUUAUUGUUUACUCGAUGCUCGAUUAACUGCUUUAGUAGAUAAACUUUUAUUAAAUCGAUUUCUUGAAUCAAAUGAAGAAUUUCGAUGGUGUAAAUCAAGAAAAGGAUGUGGAGCUGGACAACUUGUAUCAAAUUAUAAAGAUUUACUUGGGUAUUAUACAUGUUUUGCAUGUCAUCAACCAUUAUGUUUUCGACAUGCAAUUGAAUGGCAUACAGGUUAUACAUGUGAUGAAUUUGAUAGAGAACGUGAUCUCAAUCCUGAUUUAGCAUCAGAUGUAACUGUUCUUGCUUUUACAAAACAAUGUCCAAAUCAAUCAUGUCGUACACCAAUUAUGAAGUUUGAAGGAUGUGAUGUUAUGACAUGUUGUCGAUAUGGAACGCAUGCGUGUUCAGAAGCAAAAGGUAAAUGUGAUCAUGGUGGACAAAAUUUUUGUGGACAAAAAUUUUGUUGGAAAUGUUUGGGAAAAAUUGAUAUUGAUAAAAUAACUAGAGCAUACAUUAGACAUUGUAAUCCAAAUUGUGAAUAUUCUACACUUAAUAAUUAA